UGGAACUACUUGAGGGGGACCACACAGCUUGAGAGUUUCAUAAACUUUGUACACGUUUUAUUUAUCCUGUAUUUUACGCGCGGAUAGCCAAAAAACUCAGUUGCCAUGGAAAUGAGUCCCACGGCUCACUCCUCAAUAACGACCAAUCCCAGGCGAGGAUUGUAAAUUGAGAAAGGGGGGAAGGCAAACUUUCUUUUCUGCGGGUGGUGGAGGAGGGGUGUUGUAGAGAAAUGCCUAACGAAGCGUGAAGCGUAACUGCAAGAGGGACAAAGACGCAUAGCGGGAGAGUAUGGCAGUACGGACCACGGACUUAUCAAAAUACUACGAAAAGGAGAAGACGGAGGAAGAAAUGUUCAAACUCUGUUGUUGGAAACAUUUCGACGAGUAGGGAGAUUAGAUGAAGUUCAGCGAAGAGGGGUCUUGUGCUGUGUUCUGAGCAGCGACAUACUUUGGGACUUUAUUUUUUUCUGGAAAAAGACUGUAAUGAUUAGCCUCUAAAACUUACCACGCGGUUUGUAGAAAUGCGCUGUUUUCUUGAUUUACCAUAAGGGUUGUCUUCAAACUGGCAUAGCUGGAUGAAAUCUUGUGCCGUCACUAUUACUUGUUGGUGUUAAGGAAGAGAAGCUUUGAGUUUGCAGUCAGAUCUCCUAAAUGCAUGAACUGGCUAUUUGGUUCAUUCUAAUCCUGUGUUUUUAUUGGGAAGAAGGCCUACAUGAAUGUCCAGACAGCAUCGCAGGAAAAGUGCGCAUUGGUUAACCAGACGUGCUCCGAGAAUGAAACUUUGUUACAGCGCUGUGGCGCUUUUCUUUACGUUCAUAGUGGUGCUGGACGCUCAGUUAGUUUGCUGGCAAGCACUGCUCCGGUGUCAUGACGAGCCAGAGUGUGAGCUCGCCUACAGCCAGUACCUGUCCGCUUGCGAGGGGAACAUCCGCGGGUCCAGGCGACAGUGCCCCAGCCACUGCAUCAGCGCUUUGGUGAGGCUGAACCACACCGUUAGUGGCCCUGCCCUGGAGACAUGCGACUGUGGACAGGACGUGUUGUGCCGGAAGUCUAAACAGGCCAUCGAGCCGUGCCUGCCCCGGACACAGCCGGGGGGUAUCGGAUGCACGGCAGCGCGUCAGCGUUGCGAGGAGGAUGCCAGCUGCUACUCUUCCCUGACGACCUACUUGGCCUACUGCGGUCAGCUGUUCAACGGCCGGAAGUGCUCGUCGAGAUGCAAAAGCACAAUUCAGCAAAUGCUCUUCAUCCCUAACGGCAUGCUGCUCAACCAGUGUGUGUGCGACGGCGUGGAGAGACCAUUUUGCGAGGUGGUCAAGGAGAACAUGAGCAAACUCUGCAACAUCGGGGACGGCGGCCUCACAUCAGACCACGCGGAGGUGGAUGACGUCGAUGAGGACGAGGACUACGACUUUAAAACGGAGCGAGAGGUGCUGGACCCUGACACGGGGGUUUUGCACUCAGGGUCGCCUGGGAUGCCCUGCCACAUGGUACUGCUGUUUACGGUCCUCACGCUAACCCUGUAGUGAGCUGACAUGACCCCUCGGCUACGUGCCAUGGGUCACCUCUGGAAUGUUACUGAUUGGACACAGCCUGCCAUGGCAAAGAACGUGUUGGGAGUGGUUGAAAAUGGAAUACAAAGUGACUCUAACUUGUAUUUUCUAUAAAAUGGCAGAGAAGGGCCCCAGCUGCCUGGUGUGUGUGCCUCAGGCAGGACACUGACUGGACUUCAAACUAGGAGAUUAUCAUCUCAAACUCGUGUCUGGGUAAAAUGUUACACAAAUGAUUAUUUGAGGAGGGAAGUGAAGCCAGCCUGAUCCCCCUUUCGAAUGACAGGAGUAUCAACACUGAGGCGGCUGGCCGGCCUGCUCCCUCUCCCUGUGUCCUUCUUGAACUUUUUUUUUGCUGUUUGUUUUGUUUCGUCUCAAUAGCCCUUGAAGUUUGCCUUUAUUAAGACCUAAGAUAAACAGUGGGCUGUGUUUGCACUGCACUUCGCACCAGGCCCUUUGUUGCAGCCAUCACCCUUCAAAUAUUUGCGGUGAGUCGCAGAGAAGCGGACAAGGCUUUUUGGAUCAAGUCGCUAAAUUAAGUGAAGAGGCUCUUCAGCAGUUGUCCCCCCCCCCCCUCUCCCUUUGCCCCCCCCAUUUUGCCUUUUUUAAAACGCUCAUGUUUUUACCCUUCCCCCUCUCUUUCCCUCCCCUCUGUUCCCCUCUUUCUCUUCCUGGCACUCAGAGGACACCUCAGAACAGAACCACUGUGCUGUUACUGUGCUUUAUUUCUCAACUGCUGGAGUGCAAGCCAUGUUGUCUAACUCCUGAAUGGUCAGAGAAUGGAUUUUUGGAUCUGUUGACUAGAAUUUAUGCUUAGUGUUGUUUUUGUUCCUUCCUGCUAAGCUUGCAUUCUUACUGACCACAAUUUUGAAGGAUGUUUUGUUUUUUUAAAUGUAUGUUUUUUUUUCUUGGAGAAGAAGUUUUAAGUGGAAUUUUUUUUGCCAGUUCCCCUCAUUCAUCCUGUUGUUUUGGUUCGGUUUUCCCUCUGUCUGUUUUAUGUCUCCUAAUGACUCUGACCUGAAGCUCUCAUUUUGACCCUGGCUGAAUGAUGUUUCCAUAGGGAAUAUGAAUUUAGUGUGAGGAGGGGAGGACAAGAAAAACAAACUAAAUUACAAAGUUCCAGUUCUGGCUAAUGUGUUUUCUUUCUGGAAAACAAAAUAUAUUGCCUGAACGCCAGCCCCACGGAGGGUUGUGCUCUACUGUUACAUGUGCUGCCUGCAGACGUGUGUACCUAGUGUGGAAUGUUGGCUGAUAUUAGACCCUCGAGCCGAGAAGCAGCCGAGCAACAGCCUCAUACGUGGGCCUGCGAUGAACAAAAGCCCUUCUGGGUUUUGGUAGAUAAAUUGGGACUGACUGGGUUUUGUGUGGGGGAGGGGGGUUAGGGGGGGUUGAAUGGGGCACACUUUCCUGGGCUCCUCACCUUCAGCGACCUAGUUCUGUCAGCAGUGCAUCUCAUUCGAGUUCAUUUUCAUCUUCCUGCCUCCACGGGCACUGCUGCACAUACACACAAGCUACGUUUGAAAUAGCAGUAUUUUUAUAUCCAGUGUAAAAAUUGUUGUGUGUGUGUGUGUGUGUUUUUCCCAACAUAUAGGACUGGCUUUCUGGAUUUGGACUCCGAGUUGUCCCAGAAUAAAUCACAGUUUAGUCUAGACUAAAUCCUAAUCUGAGAGAGUGUGUCUCUGGUGUUUCGUGGCUGUUUACACAAAGUGUUUUUGUUUUUUUCUGUACAGAGAGUGAACAAAUAUUUAUAUGUUUGAAAAUUUUAAGUAAUAAAAUAUGAAUGACAAAGCAAA